AUGGAGAGCAAAGCCAUGUACCUCCACACCUUCAAUGACAGGGAGAAUGGCUCCAUCUUCGAGGAGUCCUUUGAGGGAAGGAACCUCUCCAAACUGAACCUCUGUGAGGACGGUCCUGGCCAGAGGAUGAAGGCAGCAGGACGCUGUGGCCGGGUGGACUCUUUGGCAGCACUGAAGUAUGCAGUGGCAGGAGUCUACCUCCUUGUCUUCCUCAUCCUUGUUGGAGUCUUCAUCCUCUCAGUCUCCAGGCCACAGACCUCCCCCGAGGAGCUGAAGGCGCUGAUGGGGAACGUCAACCGCCUGAACGAGAGCUUUCGGGACAUGCAGCUGAAGCUGCUGCACCUACCUCUGAAGGGGGAUGUGCUGGAGCACCUCUGGAGGCUCCAAGACCUCCUGCAGAACCACUCGGACUCCUUGUUCCUCAUGACGGGGUCGCUGCAGAAGCUGGAAGGGCUCCUUUGGAGCCUGCAGACCCAGGCCAGCCAAACGGAGAAGGCAGUGUCCAGCCUGUGGGACAGCCUGGCCCAGCAGGGCGACGCAGCGCAGCAGGAGCUCUACAAGCUCUCGGUGGAAGGCAACAGCAGCCGGCUGCUGCUGCAGCACCACGACCAGCUCCUGAGCCGCCUGGGAGGCAGGGUGGAGACCCUGAGCGAGCAGGUGACGAGCGUCAGCGGGGCCCUGGACACCGUGAACAGGACCUUCUCCUACGACCUCGGCAUCCACCGCAGCCGCAUCUGGGACCUGCAGGGGCUGAUCGGCAACGCCACCGAAGACGCCCGGCAGAUGCGCCUGGUCCACAUAGCCAUGGAGCAGCAGCUGAAGCACGAGCUGGCCAUCCUCAACAACGUGACAGAGGACCUGAGGCUGAAGGACUGGGAGCACUCCGUGGCGCUGAAGAACAUCUCCACCAUCCGGGGGCCACCAGGACCCAAAGGAGAUCAAGGCCACGAAGGGAUGGAAGGUCAGCCUGGCCUCCCUGGCCUGCCUGGGCUGAGAGGGCUACCCGGGGAGAGAGGACCCCCAGGCCCACGUGGUUUGAAAGGGGACCAGGGAGAUCUUGGCCCUGCAGGUCCGGUGGGGAUGCGUGGAUUCAAAGGUGACCGAGGCCCGAAGGGAGAGAAGGGUGACCGAGGAGGUGGUGCAGCCAUGGAGGAGGGGCUGGUGCGGCUGGUGAACGGCUCCGGCUCCCAGGAGGGCCGGGUGGAGGUGUUCUACGAGCGGCGCUGGGGCACGGUGUGUGACGAUGGCUGGGACAAGAAGGACGGAGAUGUGGUGUGCAGGAUGCUGGGCUUCCGGGGCGCCAAGGAGGUGUACCGCAUGGCACGCUUCGGGCAGGGCACAGGGAGGAUCUGGAUGGACGACGUCUCCUGCAGUGGGACAGAAGAGAGCCUUAUGCACUGCAGCUUCUCUGGCUGGGGCAAGACCAACUGCGGGCACGCUGAGGAUGCCGGUGUGAAAUGCCUGACACCGUGA